AUGGAGAUCGCUAUGGAGAUCGCUAUGGAGAUCGCUAUGGAGAUCGCUAUGGACAGAACUUCCCAAAUUGUGUGCGUGGAAGAUCGUGUGUGUACAACCUCCUCAGGUGUGUGUACAACCUCCUCAGGUGUGUGUACAACCUCCUCAGGUGUGUGUACAACCUCAGGUGUGUGUACAACCUCCUCAGGUGUGUGUACAACCUCCUCAGGUGUGUGUACAACCUCCUCAGGUGUGUGUACAACCUCCUCAGGUGUGUGUACAACCUCCUCAGGUGUGUGUACAACCUCCUCAGGUGUGUAUACAACCUCCUCAGGUGUGUCUACAACCUAG